AUGAGGAGCCCACGGGAGCUCGCGGACCAGAUGCGAUAUUGUCGUUUCCACUGGCAAAACAGACAUGACAUGGAGGAGUACCGCGAGUUGAAGCGACAGAUCGAGGAGCUGAUUCGACGAGGGCACCUCAGCCACUAUCUACGGCCGGAUAAAGAGCUUGCCCCACGACACGAGGGCCUCAUCGAAAGGCAGAUCGACGUGAUCAUGGGCGGCCCGGCGUCUGGGGGAAACAGUAUGUUCGGGCGGAAAGCAUAUGCCUGCGUUGACGCAACCGAAGACCUUGAGCGCGGGCCCGGGCCCGAGGUCAUGUUUGUCGCUGAGAUAGCCGAGCGACACAAACACGAUGACGUGUUGGUAGUGGCCGCCAGGAUCGCCAACGCCCAAGUGAAAAGGAUCAUGGUCGACACGGGAAGCUCGACCGACAUCCUUUAUCUGGACGCUUUCCAAAAGCUCGGGCUCUUCCGCGAUGCCCUGGAGCCUAUGAGCUUAGCACUCACCGGGUUCACCGGUGAAUCGAUUUCACCGUUGGGCAUGAUCACCUUGCCCUUAACCCUCGGGGAGGUACCGAGGACGAAGACGAUGAUUGCAAUCUUCUUGGUAGUCGACCUUCCUACCGCUUACAACGCGAUUCUGGGGCGCCCCACCCUCAAUAAGUUCAGAGCGAUUAUCUCCACCAACCACCAGACCGUGAAGUUCCUGACCCGUGCGGGGGUCGGAGAUGUCAGAGGGAGCCCCCGCGAGUCAAGGCAGUGUUAUUUGACCACGGUCUCCCUGCACAAGAGGAGGAGGGCUGAACUACCCCUCGAAAACCCCCGAGAAGCAAAAAGGCCAUCCCGGCACCCCGAGCCCACGGAGCCUUCGGUGGAUUGCCACUAUAGGAGGGAUGCCCAGAUCGAACGGUCAAGAUCGGGUCGGAAGUUUGUCCGUGACAAUGCGGCACCGUCUCGAGCUUUCCGGGAUAAGAUGUGCCGAGCAAUGUCUUGGUACGGAUUCCAGCUCGGCGCAUGA